GAGGCGUUGUAUGUGUGAAGAAAUUUUAGUUAUUUGUAGUUAAACACAUGCAGUGGUGUACAAAAAUAAGAAAGUUUCUUUUAUCGUGAAAAUAUGGAGUUUCAAACGACGGAGACUGUAUGCUCAACUUCGAGUCGCCAAGAGAAAAGUUUGGGGCUCCUCACGAUGAAGUUUGUCAGUCUUCUACGAGAAGCUAAGGACGGCGUCCUUGAUUUGAAAGUGGCUGCAGACAGCUUGGCAGUGAAGCAGAAGAGGAGGAUAUAUGACAUCACAAAUGUACUUGAAGGAGUGGGGCUGAUCGAGAAGAAAAACAAGAAUAUUAUCCAGUGGAGGUUGUGGAGGCACAGGGGCAUGAACUCAGGCAUCCAAACUGAGGAGGUGCUGGAGCAGGUCAAAAUUUUAAAGGCACAGAUCUCUGAGCUAGAGGCCCAAGAGAAAGAGCUGGACAACCAGAAGGCAUGGCUGGAGCAGAACAUCAAGCACCUUGACCAGGACCCCAGUACCAGCACUUAUAAAUUUGUGACACAUGAAGACAUCUGCAGUGCUUUCAGUGGAGACACUCUUCUCACUGUUGUGGCUCCUGUUGGGACACGACUGGAGGUGCCAGUACCUGAAGUGGGCCAGAGUAGUCUGAAGAGGUACCAAGUGAACCUACGCAGUGACUCAGCUCCCAUCCAGGUCAUGCUCAUCAAUAGGGAUUCAGACUGCAAAGUGCCUGUGGUCUUCCCUGUGCCACCCACAGACGAUAUGUAUCCAAUGGCUACCUCACCCAGCACCCCCAUGAGCCUGCAGAGGUUCCCCCACUCAGCGUUGGGGUACUCCACCUCCAACGCUACCUCCUCCUACUGCAGCCAGGACUCUCUCUGUUCAGACCACCAGAUGGUGCUGCCAGGACAUGAUGAAGAGCUAACACCAUCAUCCUCUCCCCCUGAUGUGCACAUGGAGUGUCAUAGUCAGCCAGCAGCAGUGUUGGAGCAGCAGCAGGUAGACCUGGUGGACCCAGAGUUCCAGUCUGUUCUGGAUGUGGGCAGUCUGCUGAAGCUCAACUCUGCUGGAGACCACAUAAAGGACGACAGAGAGGGAGCUGUUGACUUGAUUGAUGAGUUAAUCUCGACUGAUGGCAUAGACUACAGCUUCAACCUGGACGGCACUGAGGGAGUGUGUGACCUGUUUGAUUUGCAGAUCCUCAAUUACUGAUUGACAGCAGCUCUGCUAGAUGCUCGUACAAUCUCUGGAAGGGCUUUUUGCCUCUCUCUAAAGAUGCUUCACACACACCUUUUCCCAAUUUAGAUACAGGGCAUCGCCUUCACUGACAUCAAUGUUAUAUUACAAUAAAAUGUCUUACACACAUUAGACUUCCUCUCUCUCUCUCUCUCUCUCUCUCUGCCAAGCAACUUUACAUUGCUAUACCGGCCUUUUGCCCUCAGCCAACACAAAAAAUUACCAAAAGAUAUUAAUGCAGCCAGGGUUAAUUAUGUCUCCAGUGGGAUUUAAAUGGUUUACUGGGUGGUUAUCUACAACAUUCCAUUGAGAUAACGUGUCUUAUGGGAAGAACAACAGGACAAAUCUACCUACUGCACUUUUGCCUGUAUCUUUCUAUUUUUCCACAUUCAGUGGAAAAUGCGAGAACUGAAGACAACUGCUUUGUUUUCUGUACUUUAUCAACAUUUGAGAGUAUGUCAGCGUUCUGCUCGAGUUGAUAUUUACCAGUAACCUCUUCAGUAUUGGCCUUUUUCCCUACCAUUUGAUACAGGGGUGAUCUAGUUUUUCAUUGAAAGCAUAUUGUGUAAAAACCUAACAAAUGUUAUAGUUAUGUUUCUUAAAACAGCAUGUUGUAUUUAAUGCGUGAGUGUUUUUCAAUUACAUUUUGUAACAUUGUUCUUGUAAAAAAUGUUUUCUUUUAUAAUUUAUUGUGACACUGCCCUUUGGUUUUUGAUUUUUUUUAAUAGUCUUACAACUACAGUUAUAUAUUUGAGCAAGUAAUAUUUUGUACUUAUUUAAAAAAAGAUUGUUGGUUCUAGGUUGUUUAAACUAGAGCUGGUUGACUGCCUUAAUUGUAAUUUAAUGAUUGCAUCAGCCACAUUUCUAAUCUGAAAUUUCAGAUACAAAGAGCCUUAAA